AUGGCCGAGUGGUCGGGACUGACUCCGGCUUUUCUCACCAGCGGCCGCAACGCGAAGUCAGACUUCCCUGUUGACUUUGAGGCUUACUUCCGAGAUGAUGUUGCCGUGUGCACACAGUUCGAUUUCCCAUCUGUGAAGAAGAUCAUUGAGCCUUGGCAGCCGCCUCACAUGAACACUCUGCUUCACACCCGGAAGACCUGCAUGCAGUUCGCCGGAGAGAAGUAUAUGCUUGGUUGCGUCGCUCCAGCAGACGACACCGAGCUUGGCCUCACGACCUUCCGAGCACGUCGCCAGAGCCCAGAGCAGCCAAGCUUAUCGCAUGUCAGCGAGGAUUGGUACGAGGCUGCAUGGUCGCAGUUGCCGCAAGGCGCUUGCUUUGUGGAUGCAGGCACUGGGGAGCUGUCGAGUCUCAACUUGCUGUGUGAGCAUGGUGGACAUCAAGCCGCUCUCAAGGAGGUGGUGGCCCUUUGCUUGGAACGUGCUCAUAAGACAGAGGCGGCUUGUUGGCAGUUUGGGGGCGUGAAAGGUCUCUUUGACAACGCGACGGCACGCGUAUGGAUGUGGAGGUUUGAUGCCUCGCAGCAUCAGACAACUGGACAGAUUGGUCAGCUCGCCAUGAGUUGGCGAGCCAGUGCAGAUCUAAGCGACCUGCAGAGUUUCUUGGGUCAGGCAGACGACAGUAGGGUUUAG